AUGUCCUCUUCAAAAAUGUCUAAGGGAACACGAAUAAUUGAUUCGAUUAUUAAAAUCCAGCAGACUGUGAGGUGUUGUUUGUCAAAACUCCAAGUGAGAAAAUUAAAGGACCUACAGAGGCAUGAACUGAAAGUAGCACAGAGCAUAAAAUAUUUAGGAGAUAAUUUACCUAAAUCUAAGCCAAAAAAGCAGCCUUCAAUUAUGAUGAGAAAACCUCCUAUAUAUAAAAAGACACCUAAAAGUCAAGAUGAAUAUACUUUAUUAGGCUGAUUUUUUAUAAUUUUUAAUUAAUUUUUGCAAAAUUGGCAUUCAAAUGUAUUAAUUAUAUGCAAAAAGCAUUAUUAUAAUUCAAAAACAUAUAAGAGGAUUUUUACAAAGAAAAAAAUUUAAAAAUUUACUUAUUCCCCCUCCAUGAGCAAACAAAAAAUUGUGUUUGUUGGGGUUAAUUUUUUUUAAAAAUAUAUAUAUAAAUUUUAAUUCGCAAAAUCGGGAAGCAAAUAUUAAUUUAGCUUGUAAAAUUUAUGUUUUAAAAUGCAAACUGUUUAUAAUGAAACAGAAUUAGCUUGAAAUUUCAUUAUACUAAUUAUCAGUUAUAUAUCAAAUUUUUUGUUCGCUCACGUUUUUUCCCCAAUAACAAGGGAUUUUUUCAAUGUUUUUGCUAGCUCACGGAGGGGGGAGUUAUUGAAAAGAUGUUAAAGGAGCAAGAAGAUCAGUACGAAACACAAAUAAAAAAAGUAGAAGAUGCUUUAAUAGGUGAUGAAUUUUACUCAAAUGCUCAGUCUCCAGAUUUAUCAGAAAUAUCUAUUAUGAAUCAAAGUGUUGAUAAAUCAGUGAUACCAUCAUUAAGACAGCUAGAUAAAGUGUCCAAAUUUGAGCUGCCUCUUCCUAUGUCUCAACGAAAAAAAUUCAGCCCAUCAAAAAAUAAGCUUAUUAGGUACAAAUAAUAAUUAUUUAUAUAUUAAGAUUAUAUUUAUUAAAUUAAAGUCAGUGAUUACUUUAAAUAGGUAUAAAAAACUAGUCCAACCUAUUGUAUUUGAUUUUGAUAUUUAUAUACUUGCUGCUACAGAAAUUCAAAGGGUUUAUAGAGGCCAUUUAGUACGCAAGAAUUUAUGUGGAAAUUUUUAUAGGCUUAGAUCAAGAAUCAAAAAAAUUCAGCAUUUGUAUAAAAAUUGAAAAAAACGUAGAUCAGGCCAGCUAGAGCUGGCGAUAAAAUUAUUAUCAAAGCAUUCUAACAUGAUGACUACCACUUUUGGAUCCUAUCAGCAUCUAAGAUCAAUUGUCCUCAAUCAAGAUAAAAAUGGGAAAUACAGUAAAGUAUUGGAAAGCUUAUAGUUAUCUCUAUUAAUUUCCCUAUCAAAAAUUUCUUACUAAAACCCCAUUUUUAUUUAACAUAAAAAAUUUCCUUAAAUAUAAAAAAUCAUAUUAAAUUCAUAGAUAUUAGAUAUGAAAAUGCGAGAUGUAGGACUAUUCAAUGAUAGAGAGAAUUCUCGAAACUUACAAAGAAAAAUAAUUGAAUUAGAAAAAGAAAAAAGAGAAGAAAAAGCUCGCCACACAAAGGAGCUCGAAAUUCUAAAGCUCAGAGAGAGAAAUCUUAUUGAUGACUAUAUGAAAGGAAUGAAAGCUUUAAAAUACCAGCUUGAAAUUUCCCACAAAAAUAACUUCGAAUUGUUUGGAAAACUAUUUAAACGACUCCAAGACGCCAAAAAAGAAGCUGAUGAAGACUACAAUGAGCCUUCCACACUCCUGCCAGAGAAUUCUUUAUAA